GAGGGAGCAUCUGACUCACUGACCGAUUUCUGCCAUUCAGUUCAGUCCUGACCAUGCAUCUAAAACACACACAAAAUUUACUUUCCAACAUCUUAAAUAUAUAAGAUACCGCACACCCUCUUAUUCCCACAUUCUUUUCUUUUUCCCAACAGGCUUCCGCUUGUCGUAAUACAUCAUUAUGGCUUCUUCAGCGGAAUCGGACCUGCCUUGGUUUCUCAAGUCAUCCUACCCCGUUCUCUUCCCCUUCGACGAUGCCGUGAGACUGCCACAGGCUGAGUUUGAGGAAUGUAUUCGUCGCAAGAUCGCCAGUCGCCACAAUAGCCCCUUCGAACUUAAGGAGCGUGAGGCGCAUUUUGCUGCCAUGGCUGACGCUGAUGAAUCCGAGACCUUCACUCUCGUCUCCAACUCGACCUCUGCCGAAAUCCGUCAGGCCAUGAAGGCCGCCAAACUUUCGAACCAUGCUUCCCAAGACUCUGACACUGUCCUGGAGUCUCCUGCUGCCCAGAAGUCGGAGGCGGAAGAAGCCAAGCCUGCUCAGUCCAAUCCUUUCAUGGAAGGCCUCAUCAACUACGGGAGCCAGGCGCCAUUUCAGAACUUCGAAAACAUGAUGGUCACAGAAAACGGCGAUCUCGCUUAUCGUUCUAGCCAAGACGCCCUUGUUGAUCUUUUCCAGGAACUCGAGGAAGUCGUCUCUGGUCCUCGCCUGAAGGAGCUCCUCACUUUUGCCUGGCAAGAGAACCCCCUUGCCACUCUCAGAAUCAUCUUCAACGCUCGCUCUAUUCAUCUGGGCAAGAGUUCACGAACAACCUUCUACCGCUGUGCUGGCUGGCUGGCGCAGAACCAUCCCUUGACCCUUAUCGCCAACCUCUGCUGGCUGACCCGCCCAGUCAUCAACAAGAAGGCCGAGAAGAAGGAAGACGAUGACAUCGUUCUUGUUGAAGAAGAGAACGACGAUGACUCGGCCAAGUUCGAUGUCAAGAAUGGUGUCGCUCACGGAUACUGGAAGGAUCUUCUGAACAUCCUUGCCAUUGCGGCCAACGACAAGCUCACUGUCAUUGACGACCCUAAGGAGGUCUUGAACAGCGAGAACCCUGGCAUCAUCCGAGGCAAGAGCAUCAACAAGCCUCGCCGCCGAGACGACCGCAGACUCGGGAGACUUCCUCGUGGAGCCCGAGGACGUGGCGGAGGUCGCGUUCGUGGCCGGGGCAGAGGACUUCACUCAUCUGGACAGGACAUGAGAGAGCAGAAUCUCAAGGUCGAUCCCAAGGAACUCAAGCGAGAGAAGAGAGACAACCGACACGAGACCGCACAGGUCCUCUUCAAGACGGAUCUAGUGUAUCGCGCCUUGCACCUGAGUGUCGCUCGAUUGUUCGCGGAGCAGUUACAGAAGGAUAUACAAGCCCUUCGAGGAGAUGGCAAGGCCAAGCGCUCUAUCUCGCUGUGCAGCAAGUGGGCUCCCUCACACGAUCACUUCCAUGACAGGCACACAUUCAUCGUCAGCACCAUCGCCGAGAUCAUGUACCCGCGGGCGUCCAUCUACCACGAGUUGCUGAGACCCAGAGACGACCAUGAGACUUAUCUCCGAUUCGCCCGUGAGCAAUACCGCAGAGAUACAUCUGCCCUCCGAAAGCACCUCGAGAUCGUCGAACGAGACAUCACCGACAAGAAGUACGAAAACAUCAAGUACGAACGAGUUCCCUCCCUUGCUAUGAAUCAGUACUCCAAGUUGUUCAUUGAGAAUGAUGUCGAGCGCUUCGGCAAAUACCUUGACCAGGUUGCCGAAGGAAAGGCGAACAUCUCUGGAGCUACUCUUCUCCCCUCGACAUUGAUUCAAAAGGUUCGAACUGGUGGUUCUUCUGGUCGAUCGGCAUCCAACAAGCUCCUUGACCAGAAGGUCACCGAGAUCGAGGCCAAGGUCCUUGACGGACAGUGGAACACGCUCGUGAAGCGUAUUAAAGACUCCGGCACAAUGGACUCCUGCAUUGCGGUCUGUGAUGUAUCCGGCAGCAUGAACGGUCCUGUCUUCAAAGAUCAAACCACACCCCUCGAUUCCGCCAUUGGUCUGUCUCUCCUCCUCGCAGAGGUCGCCAAGCCACCUUUCGCCGGCACCUUCAUCACCUUCAGCGAGAAGCCCAGAGUUGAGGAAGUCGAUUUGAGCAAGACUUUGAGGGAGAAGUACUGGGCCAUGCACAGAUCGGAGUGGGGUAUGAGCACCAACUUCGUCUCUGUAUUCGAAGACCUGAUUCUUCCCAUGGCUCUACAGAACAAGCUGAAGCAGGAGGACAUGAUCAAGCGCGUGUUUGUCUUCAGCGACAUGCAAUUCAACGAAGCAAGCGCCUCCAACUCUCGCCACUACCAAGGCUGGGCUUCCGAAAAACCGUCAAGCUGGUCCACAUCCUUCGAACGCAUCAAGGCCAAGUUCGAACAGGCGGGUUACGAACUCCCCGAGCUUGUCUUCUGGAACCUCGCAGGUGGCCGAGCAGGCUACACCCGAAGUGCUGGCGAUCCUACCGCACCUAAGCCUGUCAAGUCUGAUGAGGAUGGAACGUGCCUCGUGAGUGGAUACUCACAGGGAUUGCUGAAGGUGUUCUUGGAGGGAGGUGGUUUCGAGGAAGAGGAUGAAGAGGUUGUUGUUGAGAAGGACGAGGAGGGUAAUGUCACCCAGAAGACGAAGAAGGUGAAGAUGACGCCUAUUAAGAUUGUGCAGAAGGCGAUCAGCCACAAGGCGUAUGAGAUGUUGAAGGUUGUCGAUUAAGGGGGAGUAACGAGAUACGAAAAGCGAUACCCAGGUUGAAGAAGCGCAGAAUUGUUGUACCAUAGCAUUCAUCAGUCGAACCGCGACUGCACCCAGAUUGAAGCGCAGAAUUAUUGUAUGAUAGUAUUCAUCAGUCGAAACCGCGACUGCAGCUAGAGUAGUAAAGUGAUUUUGAAGUUGAA